AGCCCUGAUGACAAUUCCGCCUUCAGUUCUUCUCAGUGGAAAGUCCUUUGGGGUUGACAAUUCCGGUAGGACAACGCUGCUCUCCCGCCCCUUUUUCGGUUCGGCCCCGCCCAUCUCAUUGAUCCCUGGCUGUCCGGUUUGGUGAGUGCGCUUGGAUUGAGGCCUUGAUUUGGGAGCCUGGCCAUGUCUCCGCCCACUCGUGUCAAUGCGGGCGGUGCCUCUGCCGGAGGUGUGGGUCAUAGUAGUACGAGCGCGGGCUCGGCUCAGGACCUGUUCCACGCGCUCCACCCUCGCCGCCUCAUCCCGGAACUAUGCCACCUGUUCUACCAUCAAGGCUGGUUUUCCGGCACCGGAGGAGGCGUGUCCAUCAAACAAGGGUCCAACAUUUACGUGGCACCCUCUGGAGUACAAAAAGAGCGUUUAGAGCACGACGAUCUGUUUCUGUUGAAAGGGGAUGGCUCCAUUGCCCAAAGCCCGCCCCAGGAGAAGAAUCUGAGCCUCUCACAAUGCACGCCCUUGUUCAUGAACGCCUAUCAAGAGCGCAACGCCAACGCCGUGAUCCAUAGUCACGGGAAAUACAUCGUUUUGGCUUCUCUCAUCUACACGGGACCCGAAUUCCGGAUCAAAAAUCUCGAAAUGAUUAAGGGAAUUCAUCAUCCUCUGGAGAACCGCGCAUUCCGAUACGAUGAAGAGAUCAUCGUGCCCAUCAUUGAGAACACGUGUUUCGAGGCCGAUCUCAAAGACUCCAUGUUGGACGCCAUGAAGCGAUAUCCGACCUCCAACGCCGUCAUGGUUCGUCGCCAUGGGAUUUACGUGUGGGGAAAAUCUUGGCAACAGUGCAAAGCAAUGGCGGAAUGUUAUCACUACCUCUGCGAGAUGGCUGUUGAGAUGGAGAGACUGGGUAUCAAUGAAUACACACACCACAACGAGGCCAUCGUUCCCACGGUCUUGUCCAAACCAAUCACGCCAGUGACGCCCAAGGCUGAGAGCACACCAGCUCCCAAUAGCACCGCAACAGUCCCGGAUACGCCCAAGACUCCCGUUGCCAAGGACAACGGAACCACGAGUAACGGCGGAACUCCCCACAACAAACCCGCGGCCAGUCCCAAGAAGACCCCCAAUACGGAGGGCAAGGCCAAGUUGAAUGGCGUCAAAGGAGGGAAAGUGACCAAACCCAAGAACAACAAGCAACAGGGCAACAAGUGGAAUAACCGAAAAUCCCCUGCCGGAGCUCGUGGAGGACCCGGGGGACCUGGGGGCUCAGGUGGGCCGCAAAUGGGAGGUGUGCCUUCGCCUUGGGGUCCACCAAUUCCUGGUUUGAUGGGUAUGGGCCCGAUGAUGGGACCUAUGGGCCCGAUGAUGCCCCCGCAUCCCGGCAUGUUUGGACCGGGCGGGCCAUCCAGUGGCGGACAAAAUAGUGGCGGGCGAAAUGGAAGAGGGGGUGGGCGUGGAGGUGGGAGUGGGCGCGGACGUGGGAGCAAGAAGCAAGGAGGCGCCACUACACCCAAGAACACUAAUGACAAGAACAAGACUCCGAAUCAAAGAGGCGGCGGAGCCAAAGGAAGAGGGCGGGGCAACAAAUUAGGGAUGUCUAAGAAUACAAUUAUGAAUUAUUAGGAUCAGGAGGAGGCCAAACGGUAGCUAGACGGGAAGAGGACAGAAGAACACGCGUCCAAACUAAUCUCGCCGGGAAUUUAUCAAAUCCUUGCUCAAAUUAUUCUGGCCCUUAUUGUUCCCAAUGCCAUCCAUCUACCUUCUGUCUGCAUCCUCAUCGUACACUUAAUUCAAACAUUAAAACGCAUUUUCAAUAGACCACGCCCCAAGCUCUAUUGUACACUCAAGUACAAUCUCAUCAUGGUAAACGUUCUGUAAGGAAGAAUAAACAUGUUCUGUUCAUAUCUCGA